AUGAGCCUCAUGGCAUCUUCCGGAGGAGCGCCCGAGGCGAAGAAAUUCCGAUUGUCUGUCCCAACACAGGUGGUAGUGGAACGACCAAUAUUCACGUGCAGUCAACCAAAAUCCUUAUCUGAAUCAAGCAGUGGGGCAGAGUCACCGAACACGAACGUGACCACAUCAUCGUCACCAUUGAUAUCAUCGAUCAAAUCGUCGUUGAUCAAGGAUGACAAUGAAGAUACUGAUGUUUGCUCGAAUGACAAUUAUAAGUCGUUUUUGCCUAACGGACAAUCGCUCGUUGAUGUCCUAUCAACUGCUAUGAUGUUUCAAGCGAAUUUAUUACUUAAGAUUGGUGAGCGGUCAAUUUCAGGAGGUACCACUUCAUCAAUUCCAGGCGCCUUAGCUGUAGCUGCAUCACCAACAGCUGCGUUGUUCAGUGAAGAUGAUUGGUCGUGGCAUCGAAAUCCUGCUGCUGCUAUUCGCAGUGGUGGUACCAAUAAACAGACGCCUGUCUGGAAAUAUUUCGUUUAUAAUAAAGCCGAAAAUUUGAGCAGGUUAUCAUCUUUGUUUAUAUGUGAACUUCAGCUUGAGUAUACUCGUGAUCGUAACGGUAAUCAUAUGGCCUCAUCUCCAGCAUCUUCUGCGUCUGGUUCCGGAUCAGGUACUUACUCGAAUUCAGUUCGACCAAGGUCAUCAUUCGCGCUCAAAACGAAUAAACUCCAUACUGAUUCAUCACAAACCAACAACGCUGUGCUCAAUUUGAGUAAACAAAUGCCUUUAGAUUCACUCUCUAAUCGAGUAUCCAAUAAUAAUAAUACUAAUAUGAGCAAUAUUCUUAAUGUGCUAAAUGCGCGUGCAAACGCGGCCGCAUUAGCGAGUGGUAAUGCGCACUUGGUGAAUAAUCCGAUGUCAGCAUUGAUCAGUCAAAAUAAUCCAACCAAAAAGAGUGCAUCAGUAAUACAUCCAACCGCAGUAAUAACGCCAUCACCAACAACAAUUCUAUCGAACAACGCUCAUAAAUGGAGUCGAGAAGAGCGAAAACAAAAGGAAAUGGAAACGAAAUUAGCGUUGAUGUUAUCAGCCACUCAACUCCCUACGAACAUCAUCGAAAACUCAUUCUUUCGUGAUUUCAUCGAAUUCGCUCAACCAAAAUUCUCCUUACCGGAUGAUAUCAACUAUAUUGAAGAGGUACAGCACGAAAUCCGUCUCAUUAAUUCAAUUUGCGCAUUUCGUAUUGAUAAUAUUUCCUCGGUUCUAUCGGACUUUGAAAUAUCGUCCGAUAAAGUAUCAAGAUAUUUGACAAAUGGCGUGACUGAAUUGGUCGGCAGUAAUUUCGAAGGUGAAAUCUUUCCUAGAAUGCUGGAACCAUAUAGCCAAAAGUUAAUGAAGUCACUGCUCAAAGUAAUUGAUGCAAACGGAACAAUAGAAGAACUAAAGAAAAGUCUGUACAGUAUGGUGCUAAAUUUCGUAACAAGACAAGAUGCAAUGGAACAACUUCAGCAAAUUGCUGGUCGAGCGAUAUCGUUACCGAUCGCGGAUUCAUUCCUCGUUCUAAUGGAUGCGGUCCUCGAGCUAAAAGAUCCAUUGUUAUACGUUUGUUCUCAGUUCUCUCCUGAUAAUUCAAUUGAAUCACUUACUGAACAACAAUGGCAAAUGCUCGAGGGAGUUUCAAGAUUGCUACGACUCUUUCGUUCACACACGAAUAUAAUUCGAGAUAGUAAAUAUGUGACAAUUGAUUACGUGAUACCAUCAUUACUGCAGUUACAGUUAUCGCUCAAUAAGGAUUUUGCAAGUUUGGGUGAUUUGAUGACACAGUUGAAAGAUGAGCUGCGAACACGAACGUCGUCAAUAUUUGAUGUGUCGUCGAGUGAUUUCGAUGGUUCGUUCAUUCAAGCAACAGCCCUCAAUCAUCAUUUCGUAUCACUUCUUAACAACGAACAAUUCAAUUACGCUAAAAGUGCUAUUCAACGACAAUUGAAUGACCGUAUUCGAUCGAAUGAUGAUGUCGUAUCACGAAGAUCAAUGAAAUUAAACGGAUGUGUUGAUGCGUUGUUAGCAGCAGUUCAAGAUCGUAACAAUACAAUGGCAAGCUCAUCGAAUUCAACCACUCUCUUCAACAAUAUUAUUAGUGACAACAAUGUUGAUAUUAAUAGCGAUACUGAUCACAAUGAUAAUAAUGCUAACGCCAAUAUAUCCACUAAUACUCUUUGUAUGGCUACUACAAGCGCCGGCGAUAACUCACUUGAUAAGAAGAGUAGCCCAACAGCAACACGCCCAGAUCUUGCUGCAGUGGCAAACGAGCGAUGUGAAUUGAUGACGCAGGAUCGUCAACAGCAUCAGCAAAUUGAUGGAAAGCAUCGUAAUGCGGAGGCAAUUGUGGUGUCAUAUUUUGACGAUGUUAUGGUGGGCUUUUGCAAUCUCUUCUAUUAUCCUUUUAAGUUGGUUCCGAAAAAGCAAAACACGAAACAAAAGCCACCCACUUUUCAGAGUGCAAGCAACGUGGCUAAUCACAAGCCGUUAUCGCUGUCAUCGUCCAUGCUAUCACCGCUACAAUUCUGGCACUUCAACAGCACAAAGUACGGCCAGUUGUGUGACGUUGCAGUGGAUCUGUUAACAAUCCCAUCGUCAACAACCUCAUUAGAACGCAUCUUUUCGAAUGAUCAGUGCAACCUAUCCACACUCUUAUCAACACCUCAGCCAUCGUCAUCCACCAACAUCACAUCCAAUAAUAACACCUUCCAGCAAUUUGACCCGAUGUCAUUAUUGAAGUCAAUUGAUGACACGGAACGUAUGGAACGUGAUGUCAUGUUAAGAUUCAAUCGAUCGCUCAUUGCAAAAGUGUAA